ACCGCGGGAAUAGCCUUCCUUGCAUGUGGAGGUAUAUAAGAUACCUCCCACAUCUUUCAGGCGACUUCACUUGUCAAAAUUCAACAUACCCAAGACGAAGCGGUAAGCUAAGAUUAUCACACCCUCAUAAACCAAAUUUCUCCUACAAAUCUUUCAAGUAUCCCUAGAUUUUCAGAAAAGGCCGCCAAGAUGCUCACACCGUCAACUCCCAUCCUCAUCUCACUCCUCGCCAUCUCCUCCGUGGCCACUGCCUCACCUCUAUCUGCACGCCAAGACUCGGAAGUAGAGUGGUCCUUCAGCGUCUACCAAAGCACCUCGCGAUGCACCGGUGCGACUGACACCUACAACGGCACCUCAUCUCAAGGAUGUACCAAAGGCAUCCGAAACGGCUCAUUUGGGUCCUACAUAAGAGGCAACAUCAGCUCAGGGUGCUCAGUCUAUCUGUACCGCGACGACAGUUGCAGUCUCGAACGAAUUGUCGAUGUGUUGAGCUCUGAUAUCGAGUCUGAUUGUUCGCAGACGGUAAUCGAGCACGCGAAUGUUCCGAGUUUUGACGUUGUUUGUGAGUAGAGCGAUAUGUGGUUUCAGCUGUCUUGGAUGAGUGAGGGGACAGCUGGAUAGGGUUUUGUAGGAAGUUUUUUGACAGCGAGAAAUGAAGAAGUCGUGACCAGCUGCUUGAACACCGGUUCCUUUCGUUGUUGUUAAUUCUCAUUUCAAGACAUGCUCCAGAAUAGUACACUCUCUCCGUGAGGAGAUUUCAUUCCUCGGAUCUCCCUGGUCCCCGAAUGAAUACGGUAAGGAGUAUUUGAGAAGUACCCGCGUCGUUCACGACAGUGUAGAAGAAGUCAACAACCUUGGG